UUUCAGCAGAGGGAAAGUUAGUGAACCCUGUUCUUUAUCUGUACGUCUGUGUAUGUAUAUGCUGUGAAAUGGCUGAAGCUACUUUUUCAGAAGAUCAGUUCUGUUGUUCAGUCUGUCUGGAUCUGCUGAAGGAUCCAGUGGCCAUUCCCUGUGGACACAGUUACUGUAUGAGCUGUAUUACAGGUUGUUGGGAUCAGGACGAUGACACUGGAGUCUACAGCUGCCCUCAGUGCAGAGAGACCUUCACUCCAAGACCUGUUUUGAACAAAAACACCAUUUUGGCAGAAAUUGUGGAGAAACUAAAGAAGACAAAACUGCCUAAAGAAGACAAAUUGCCUGUUCCUGCCCAAUGUUCUGCUGGAAGUGAAGAUGUGGAGUGUAACGUCUGUACUGAAAGAAAACACAAAGCUGUGAAGUCCUGCUUGGUGUGUCUGAACUCCUACUGUGAAAAUCACCUUGAACAACACGAACAUCUCUUCAGAGAUAAAAGGCAUCAAUUGAUGGAUGCUACUGGACGACUCAAGGAGCUGAUCUGCUAUGAUCAUGACAGACCACUCGAGGUGUUCUGUCGUACUGACCAACUAUGUAUCUGUUUGAUGUGUGUGGUGGACAAACACAAAAACCAUGACACUGUAAGAGCCUCAGAGGAGAGGACAGAGAAACAGGUCAAAUCAACUGAAGAACUUUUCAAGAUUUACUGCUUUUUGGUUCAACAGAACCAGGUAGGGGAAAAACAGAGAGAAUUCAUGGAGGAAAUCAAGCAAAGAGAGAAGAAGCUUCAGGAGUUGAGAGAUGCUGUGAAGUCACACAAGUGCUUUGCACAGGCAGCAGUGGAGGACAGUGAGAGGAUUUUUACCGAACUUAUUCAUUCCAUUGAGAAAAGACGAUCAGAGGUGACACAGCUGAUCAAAACCCAGGAAACGACUGCUGUUAGCCGAGCUGAAGGAUUCAUGAAGAAACUGGAGGAGGAGAUUGCUGAUCUAACAAGAAGAAAUGCUGAGCUAGAGCAGCUUCCACACACAAAUGAGGACAUUCAUUUUGUUCAGAGGUUCCAGUCUCUUUCUGUCCUUCUGGAAUCCAGAAACAUUGCUGUCAACACUCACUUGUCUUUAAAUGAUGUGAUAGAAGAAAUCUCUCUGCUAAAAGGGCAACUUGAAGAAUUUUGCCAAGUGGAAGUAGAACAUUUAUCACAAAGAGUGAGACAGAUCCAGAUAGUCCCCACCCCUGAACCCAAGACCAGAGAGGAGUUCUUGCAAUAUUACUGUCAUCUCAGCUUGGAUCCAAACACAGCAUAUAAAAACCUCUCUCUCUCGAGGGGGAACACACAGGUCCUUAACACUGACAAAGAUCUGCAGUAUCCGGAUCAUCCUGACAGAUUUAACCUUUGUCCUCAGGUGUUGUGUAAAAGGAAAGUGUAUGGACGCUCUUACUGGGAGGUUGAGUGGCGUGAUGGUCAUGGUUGGGUUUCUAUAUCAUUGGCAUAUAAGAGCAUUGGCAGGAAGGGAAAGGGUGAAGAGUGUGUCUUUGGAAUGAACAAUAAUUCCUGGAGAUUGGUAUGCAGUACCUCGGAACCCACUCUAUUUUACUUCAAUAAUAAAAUAACCGCUCUACCCUGUCCUAAAGGCUCUUAUAGGAUAGGAGUGUUUGUGGACCACAGUGCAGGAACUUUGGCUUUUUAUGAUAUUUCAAACAAAAUGACCCUCAUCCACAGAGUCCAGACCACAUUUACUCAGCCUCUCUAUCCUGGAUUUAGGCUUACUGGACAAUCAGCAGUGAAACUGUGUAAUCUAUAAAUGCAGAUAAUUCAACGAUUCUAUAAAUAAUAUUAUCACAUGACAGUUUAAAGCUGCCCAUUAAUCAGUAACAGUGAGAUGUUUUUUUCUAGUAACUCAAUCAAUGUGUCGGAUAUUGUCAUAAUACAAACAUGCCAAUUCUUUAUCCAGUAAUGGCUGUUUCGUAAAAGUGUGGAAAAUAUGUGUAAAAUCUUGAUAAUGUUUGAUACAGAUUCAAUCUGAUAUUAAAACUCAGUCAAGUUUUUUGCAUCAUGGAUAAAAUAAGAGAACACUGCAAAAUUAUCUUCAGUUUUUCUAAAUUUACUUUUGGUACAUGUUUGAGUAAAAUAAUCAUUUUUGUUUGAUUCUGUGAACUAGCUACAACUUUUCUCCCAUAUUUCAAAGAAUUAAUUACAGAAAAUCUGAAUAGGGCAAACUGGUCAGAAUAACACAUAAAUGCAAUGUUUGCAGAUCUUGAUGGAAUAAGUA